AUGAAGCGGAUUUCAGCGAAAACGUUGCGAAAGAAGUGGGAACGCAAAUCCGUCAAGUCGUCGGUUCCAUCGCAGUACGACAAAACCGAGGAAUGGGAGGACGUCAUCGUUUCGCCCAUCGGAGGACCUCCACGGCGUGUAUAUGAGAAGAUGCCAAUGAACGCACGAGCACUUUUUAAUGGGCAGGAAUUCCUAAGAAGGUCAUGGAAUGACGGACGAGCGACAAUGCAGAAAAAGGACACAUACAUAUGGGAAAUUGCGAGACAGGCCAUGCCGCUGGAAUCAAACAAGUGUAUACAAUGGACAAACAUCGUGCACGGUGCCAUAAGUGUUGCGAAACUGGUGAAAUCGUACACGAAACAACCGAGUACCACUGCACAGACGAUGCGUGACAUAGCCAAUGAAGGCGGCAGAUGGCAAGUGGCAUUCCUUGGGAGUACGAAGAUUGCUGGGAAAGAGGACUCGAGCGGAGUAUCUGGACGUGAAAAAGGGAAACAGGCAGCCAUGGGUGUACGAGAGGUGGUAGUUGAGUUGGUCGAUGGUAGGGGCACCUUCCGCAAGUCCUCCGCACCAGCAAAGACGUCAGUCGAGCAACGGGCUCGGCACGAAUCCUCUCAUAAGGGCGAGGUGGAACCUCCAGUAAGAAGCUCAUGGGAAGAGGAAAAGACGAGCAUCAGGAUAGAAGUGUACAUAGGUGUUACUAAUAUGUACGUGGGUUGGGCGCCAAAAUUUGCCAGAGUUAGGGCUGAGCGUCGGAAAGCUGUGAUGGGAAAAAGUAAUGUCCGAGACCUAGAAGGGGAGGAGGGUACGGGAGAUUGGUUCCGUCAUAGUGUUGUGGUGAUCAAGCUAAGGCUGGCAGGGAAGGUGUCUGGGGUUCAUGCACUGAAGCCGCGCACCAUCCUGUCGAGAAGCAGGAAAGCUUGGUACCCGUCACCUUUGGUCGCGGUCGACUCGGUCGAGUUCCAAAAUUUGAAAUACACAGUACUGCCGCCACUGAGGACGACGGUUGCUGAGGUCUACAAUUCGCGAACUAACACGCGACAUGGGUUGGCUCCACAAAUCACCACCACCAACGAUGAUGACGGUGACAACGGCAUCUAUGAUGACACGGCUACCACUGCAUUUUCGCGUUUCGCUACCUCGCCGUUGGGUACAUGCCGCGACAUCAUUAUACUGCCCCACCGCCUCCAGCUCGUAUGUCGCAAGGUUACAGGGCUAGGCAAUGGUGCAAAUACUGCCUGA